AUGUCUUCAUCCACACUUCAUGUCACCCCCAGCGUCGCGCGCAUUGAGUUCGGGCAUCUAUUGAACCGUGCCGCCAUCAAAUGCGUCGAGGUCCUCACCGAAGAUUUGGCGGCUCUCGGCGAGCUUGUUCGCGAAGUUCAAAAUGAAUCAGUGGCAUUUGCUCACACAUCCUCUCAGGUCAUUGUUGCUCUUGCAACACUUCAAUCCUCUGUCCAAGACCUCUCGCGCGCAUACAUCCAACAUGCCAACACCGUCCUCACACCUGGCAAACAUGGCCUUAACCCUAUUGACGCCAACCUAACCAGUAUCCUUACCGAGUCUGGUCUCUUGAGCGCUAGACCCGCCGAUGCUGCCCCAGCUGCUGCACCAGAACCAGAUGUCGAUGGGAAGAAGAAGCGCAAGAGGACACCGCAUGAUCCUAACGCACCGAAGCGUGCCCUCACGCCGUAUUUUCUCUACAUGCAAAGUGCUCGUGCCACUAUUGCCAAGGAAUUGGGCGACUCAGCGAAGCCGAAAGAGGUUGCCGACGAGGGAACUCGCAGAUGGACCGAGAUGAGCCCUGCUGAGAAGAGUAUUUGGGACGACAAGUACCAGAAGAACCUGGCCGCGUACCGCGUCAAGAUGGCAGCUUACAAAGCCGGUCAGCCAGUUCCUGACGACGAGACUGCAGCGCGCCUGGUGGAAAUGGGUAAAGCUCCUGAGCAUGUUGCCGGUCUCGAUGCUGAGGCAGAGACGGAAGAAGAGCCCGUCGAGGAAGAAGAGGAGGAAGAGGCGCCGGCCCCAGAACCCACACCUCCCAAAUCCAAGAGACGCAAGACCAAAGAUGUCGAACCUACUCCCAGCAAAGCAACUCCUAAGGCCGAGGCCAAAUCUCCAGAGAAGGACAGGAAGUCUAAGAAGAGCAGGAGGGAAGCUGCUCCUGUUGCAUCAACCAAGGUCGAGAAGUCCAAAAAGUCUAAGAAAUGA